AUGAUCUCCAAUGCGUCCAAUCCUGACAAACCUCUGUCAGCACGGAUUGACAGAGCCAGGGGUUCUAUAGGAGGGGGGGCUGACUCCUCCUCCUCCACUGGACCACUUCCACACCGGCACAGACCCACCAGCUCUGAACCCAGACUAUCCACGCACGGCUCUGUGGGAGCUGUGGGAGACAACUGGGCGGUGGUUGGGAGAAUGCCGGAGUACGGGGCUCAGCCCCCGUGGCCGGUACUGAAGGAGGGCCUCCUGGAGAAGCGCAGUGACGGGCUGCUGCAGCGGUGGAAGAAGAAGCGGUGCGCGCUCACGGAGGACGCGGUGCUGCUGCACGAGCCCUCCGCGCCGCCGCACGCGCUCCGGAACCCAGCCAAAGUCAAAGAGCUGCACUUCGCCAACAUGAAGACCGUUGACUGCGUGGAGCGGAAGGGUCAGUACGUGUACUUCACGGUGGUGAUGGCGGAGGGGCGGGAGAUAGACUUCAGGUGCCCCCAGGACGCGGGCUGGAACGCGCAGAUCACGCUGCAGAUGGUGCAGUACAAGAACCGGCAGGCCGUGCUCGCGGUGCGCUCCACGCGACACAAGCAGCAGCUACUUGUUGUGCACGCGCACAAGACGCACAGAAUGGCGUCCAGCGUGGCACGUCAGUCUUCACUGCAGACGUCAGUCUUCGCUGCAGACGUCAGCCUUCACUGCAGACGUCAGUCUUCACUGCAGACGUCAGUCUUCGCUGCAGACGUCAGUCUUCACUGCAGACGUCAGCCUUCACUGCAGACGUCAGUCUUCGCUGCAGACGUCAGUCUUCGCUGCAGACGUCAGCCUUCACUGCAGACGUCAGUCUUCACUGCAGACGUCAGUCUUCGCUGCAGACGUCAGGCUUCGCUGCAGACGUCAGUCUUCACUUCAGACGUCAGUCUUCGCUGCAGACGUCAGCCUUCACUGCAGACGUCAGUCUUCGCUGCAGACGUCAGUCUUCGCUGCAGACGUCAGUCGUCAGUCUUCACUGCAGACGUCAGCCUUCACUUCAGACGUCAGUCUUCACUGCAGACGUCAGUCUUCGCUGCAGACGUCAGUCUUCACUUCAGACGUCAGUCUUCGCUGCAGACGUCAGCCUUCACUGCAGACGUCAGUCUUCGCUGCAGACGUCAGUCUUCGCUGCAGACGUCAGCCUUCUCUGCAGACGUCAGUCGUCAGUCUUCACUGCAGACGUCAGUCUUCACUGCAGACGUCAGCCUUCACUUCAGACGUCAGUCUUCACUGCAGACGUCAGUCGUCAGUCUUCACUGCAGACGUCAGUCAUCGCUGCAGACGUCAGUAGUCAGUCUUCGCUGCAGACGUCAGUCUUCGCUGCAGUCGUCAGUCUUCGCUGCAGACGUCAGCCUUCGCUGCAGACGUCAGCCUUCGCUGCAGACGUCAGCCUUCGCUGCAGACGUCAGCCUUCGCUGCAGACGUCAGUCUUCACUUCAGACGUCAGUCUUCGCUGCAGACGUCAGCCUUCACUGCAGACGUCAGUCUUCGCUGCAGACGUCAGUCUUCGCUGCAGACGUCAGCCUUCUCUGCAGACGUCAGUCGUCAGUCUUCACUGCAGACGUCAGUCUUCACUGCAGACGUCAGCCUUCACUUCAGACGUCAGUCUUCACUGCAGACGUCAGUCGUCAGUCUUCGCUGCAGUCGUCAGUCUUCGCUGCAGACGUCAGUCUUCGCUGCAGACGUCAGCCUUCGCUGCAGACGUCAGCCUUCGCUGCAGACGUCAGCCUUCGCUGCAGACGUCAGCCUUCGCUGCAGACGUCAGCCUUCGCUGCAGACGUCAGCCUUCGCUGCAGACGUCAGUCUUCACUUCAGACGUCAGUCUUCACUGCAGACGUCAGUCUUCACUUCAGACGUCAGUCUUCGCUGCAGACGUCAGUCUUCGCUGCAGACGUCAGUCUUUGCUGCAGACGUCAGCCUUCUCUGCAGACGUCAGCCUUCACUGCAGACUUCAGACGUCAGUCUUCGCUGCAGACGUCAGUCUUCGCUGCAGACGUCAGUCGUCGCUGCAGACGUCAGCCUUCUCUGCAGACGUCAGUCGUCAGUCUUCACUGCAGACGUCAGUCUUCGCUGCAGACGUCAGUCUUCGCUGCAGACGUCAGUCUUCACUGCAGACGUCAGUCUUCGCUGCAGACGUCAGUCUUCGCUGCAGACGUCAGUCUUCGCUGCAGACGUCAGUCUUCACUGCAGACGUCAGUCUUCGCUGCAGACGUCAGCCUUCGCUGCAGACGUCAGCCUUCGCUGCAGACGUCAGCCUUCGCUGCAGACGUCAGCCUUCGCUGCAGACGUCAGCCUUCGCUGCAGACGUCAGCCUUCGCUGCAAACGUCAGCCUUUGCUGCAGACGUCAGCCUUCGCUGCAGACGUCAUUCUUCACUUCAGACGUCAGUCUUCACUGCAGACGUCAGUCUUCACUUCAGACGUCAGUCUUCGCUGCAGACGUCAGUCUUCGCUGCAGACGUCAGUCUUCGCUGCAGACGUCAGCCUUCUCUGCAGACGUCAGCCUUCACUGCAGACGUCAGUCGUCAGUCUUCACUGCAGACGUCAGUCGUCAGUCUUCGCUGCAGACGUCAGUCUUCGCUGCAGACGUCAGUCUUCGCUGCAGACGUCAGCCUUCUCUGCAGACGUCAGCCUUCACUGCAGACGUCAGCCUUCACUGCAGACGUCAGUCGUCAGUCUUUGCUGCAGACGUCAGUCUUCACUGCAGACGUCAGUCUUCGCUGCAAACGUCAGCCUUCGCUGCAGACGUCAGCCUUCGCUGCAGACGUCAGCCUUCGCUGCAGACGUCAGCCUUCGCUGCAGACGUCAGUCUUCGCUGCAGAUGUCAGUCUUCGCUGCAGACGUCAGUCUUCGCUGCAUACGUCAGUCUUCACUGCAGAAGUCAGUCUUCGCUGCAGACGUCAGUCUUCGCUGCAGACGUCAAUCUUCGCUGCAGACGUCAGUCUUCGCUGCAGACGUCAGCCUUCGCUGCAGACGUCAGCCUUCGCUGCAGACGUCAGCCUUCGCUGCAGACGUCAGCCUUCGCUGCAGACGUCAGCCUUCGCUGCAGACGUCAUUCUUCACUUCAGACGUCAGUCUUCACUGCAGACGUCAGUCUUCGCUGCAGACGUCAGCCUUCGCUGCAGACGUCAGUCUUCGCUGCAGACGUCAGUCUUCACUUCAGACGUCAGUCUUCGCUGCAGACGUCAGUCUUCGCUGCAGACGUCAGCCUUCGCUGCAGACGUCAGCCUUCGCUGCAGACGUCAGCCUUCGCUGCAGACGUCAGCCUUCGCUGCAGACGUCAGCCUUCGCUGCAGACGUCAGCCUUCGCUGCAAACGUCAGCCUUCGCUGCAGACGUCAGCCUUCGCUGCAGACGUCAUUCUUCACUUCAGACGUCAGUCUUCACUGCAGACGUCAGUCUUCACUUCAGACGUCAGUCUUCGCUGCAGACAUCAGUCUUCGCUGCAGACGUCAGUCUUCGCUGCAGACGUCAGCCUUCUCUGCAGACGUCAGCCUUCACUGCAGACGUCAGUCGUCAGUCUUCACUGCAGACGUCAGUCGUCAGUCUUCGCUGCAGACGUCAGUCUUCGCUGCAGACGUCAGUCUUCGCUGCAGACGUCAGCCUUCUCUGCAGACGUCAGCCUUCACUGCAGACGUCAGCCUUCACUGCAGACGUCAGUCGUCAGUCUUUGCUGCAGACGUCAGUCUUCACUGCAGACGUCAGUCUUCGCUGCAAACGUCAGCCUUCGCUGCAGACGUCAGCCUUCGCUGCAGACGUCAGCCUUCGCUGCAGACGUCAGCCUUCGCUGCAGACGUCAGCCUUCGCUGCAGACGUCAGCCUUCGCUGCAGACGUCAGCCUUCGCUGCAGACGUCAUUCUUCACUUCAGACGUCAGUCUUCACUGCAGACGUCAGUCUUCACUGCAGACGUCAGUCUUCACUUCAGAUUUCAGUCUUCGCUGCAGACGUCAGUCUUCGCUGCAGAUGUCAGUCUUCGCUGCAGACGUCAGCCUUCUCUGCAGACGUCAGCCUUCACUGCAGACGUCAGUCGUCAGUCUUCACUGCAGACGUCAGUCGUCAGUCUUCGCUGCAUACGUCAGUCUUCACUGCAGAAGUCAGUCUUCGCUGCAGACGUCAGUCUUCGCUGCAGACGUCAAUCUUCGCUGCAGACGUCAGUCUUCGCUGCAGACGUCAGCCUUCGCUGCAGACGUCAGCCUUCGCUGCAGACGUCAUUCUUCACUUCAGACGUCAGUCUUCACUGCAGACGUCAGUCUUCGCUGCAGACGUCAGCCUUUGCUGCAGACGUCAGUCUUCGCUGCAGACGUCAGUCUUCACUUCAGACGUCAGUCUUCGCUGCAGACGUCAGUCUUCGCUGCAGACGUCAGUCUUCGCUGCAGACGUCAGUCUUCGCUGCAGACGUCAGCCUUCUCUGCAGACGUCAGUCGUCAGUUUUCACUGCAGACGUCAGUCGUCAGUUUUCACUGCAGACGUCAGUCGUCAGUCUUCGCUGCAGUUGUCAGUCUUCGCUGCAGACGUCAGCCUUCACUGCAGACGUCAGUCGUCAGUCUUCACUGCAGACGUCAGUCGUCAGUCUUCGCUGCAGACGUCAGUCUUCGCUGCAGACGUCAGUCUUCGCUGCAGACGUCAGCCUUCUCUGCAGACGUCAGCCUUCACUGCAGACGUCAGUCGUCAGUCUUCACUGCAGACGUCAGUCGUCAGUCUUUGCUGCAGACGUCAGUCUUCACUGCAGACGUCAGUCUUCGCUGCAGACGUCAGUCUUCGUUGCAGACGUCAGUCUUCACUUCAGACGUCAGUCUUCGCUGCAGACGUCAGUCUUCGCUGCAGACGUCAGUCUUCGCUGCAGACACGUCAGUCGUCAGUCUUCGCUGCAGACGUCAGUCGUCAGUCUUCGCUGCAGACGUCAGUCUUCGCUGCAGACGUCAGUCUUCGCUGCAGACGUCAGCCUUUGCUGCAGACGUCAGUCUUCGCUGCAGACGUCAGUCUUCGCUGCAGACGUCAGCCUUCACUGCAGACGUCAGUCGUCAGUCUUCACCUCAGACGUCAGCCUUCGCUGCAGACGUCAGCCUUCGCUGCAGAAGUCAGUCUUCACUGCAGACGUCAGCCUUCGCUGCAGACGUCAUUCUUCACUUCAGACGUCAGUCUUCACUGCAGACGUCAGUCUUCACUUCAGACGUCAGUCUUCGCUGCAGACGUCAGUCUUCGCUGCAGACGUCAGUCUUCGCUGCAGACGUCAGCCUUCUCUGCAGACGUCAGUCUUCGCUGCAGACGUCAGUCGUCAGUCUUCACUGCAGACGUCAGUCGUCAGUCUUCGCUGCAGACGUCAGUCUUCGCUGCAGACGUCAGUCUUCGCUGCAGACGUCAGUCUUCGCUGCAGACGUCAGCCUUCUCUGCAGACGUCAGCCUUCACUGCAGACGUCAGUCGUCAGUCUUCACUGCAGACGUCAGUCGUCAGUCUUUGCUGCAGACGUCAGUCUUCACUGCAGACGUCAGUCUUCGCUGCAGACGUCAGUCUUCGCUGCAGACGUCAGCCUUCGCUGCAGACGUCAGCCUUCGCUGCAGACGUCAGCCUUCGCUGCAGACGUCAUUCUUCACUUCAGACGUCAGUCUUCACUGCAGACGUCAGUCUUCACUUCAGACGUCAGUCUUCGCUGCAGACGUCAGUCUUCGCUGCAGAUGUCAGUCUUCGCUGCAGACGUCAGCCUUCCCUGCAGACGUCAGCCUUCACUGCAGACGUCAGUCGUCAGUCUUCACUGCAGACGUCAGUGGUCAGUCUUCGCUGCAGACGUCAGUCUUCACUGCAGACGUCAGUCUUCGCUGCAGACGUCAGCCUUCGCUGCAGACGUCAGCCUUCGCUGCAGACGUCAGCCUUCGCUGCAGACGUCAGCCUUCGCUGCAGACGUCAGCCUUCGCUGCAGACGUCAGCCUUCGCUGUAGACGUCAUUCUUCACUUCAGACGUCAGUCUUCACUGCAGACGUCAGUCUUCGCUGCAGACGUCAGCCUUCGCUGCAGACGUCAGUCGUCAGUCUUCACUGGAGACGUCAGUCUUCGCUGCAGACGUCAGUCGUCAGUCUUCGCUGCAGACGUCAGCCUUCACUGCAGACGUCAGUCUUCGCUGCAGACGUCAGCCUUCACUGCAGACGUCAGUCGUCAGUCUUCACUGCAGACGUCAGUCUUCGCUGCAGACGUCAGUCGUCAGUCUUCGCUGGAGACGUCAGCCUUCGCUGCAGACGUCAGUCUUCGCUGCAGACGUCAGCCUUCUCUGCAGACGUCAGCCUUCACUGCAGACGUCAGUCGUCAGUCUUCACUGGAGACGUCAGCCUUCGCUGCAGACGUCAGUCUUCGCUGCAGACGUCAGCCUUCUCUGCAGACGUCAGCCUUCACUGCAGACGUCAGUCGUCAGUCUUCACUGCAGACGUCAGUCUUCGCUGCAGACGUCAGUCGUCAGUCUUCGCUGCAGACGUCAGCCUUCACUGCAGACGUCAGUCUUCGCUGCAGACGUCAGUCUUCGCUGCAGACGUCAGUCUUCACUUCAGACGUCAGUCUUCGCUGCAGACGUCAGUUUUCGCUGCAGACGUCAGUCUUCGCUGCAGACGUCAGUCUUCGCUGCAGACGUCAGCCUUCUCUGCAGACGUCAGCCUUCACUGAAGACGUCAGUCGUCAGUCUUCGCUGCAGACGUCAGUCGUCAGUCUUCGCUGCAGACGUCAGUCUUCGCUGCAGACGUCAGUCUUCGCUGCAGACGUCAGCCUUCGCUGCAGACGUCAGUCUUCGCUGCAGACGUCAGCCUUCACUGCAGACGUCAGUCUUCGCUGCAGACGUCAGUCUUCGCUGCAGACGUCAGUCUUCACUUCAGACGUCAGUCUUCGCUGCAGACGUCAGCCUUCACUGAAGACGUCAGUCGUCAGUCUUCGCUGCAGACGUCAGUCUUCGCUGCAGACGUCAGUCUUCGCUGCAGACGUCAGUCUUCACUGCAGACGUCAGUCUUCGCUGCAGACGUCAGCCUUCGCUGCAGACGUCAGCCUUCGCUGCAGACGUCAGCCUUCGCUGCAGACGUCAGCCUUCGCUGCAGACGUCAGCCUUCGCUGCAGACGUCAUUCUUCACUUCAGACGUCAGUCUUCACUGCAGACGUCAGUCUUCGCUGCAGACGUCAGUCUUCGCUGCAGACGUCAGUCUUCGCUGCAGACGUCAGUCUUCGCUGCAGACGUCAGCCUUCGCUGCAGACGUCAGUCUUCGCUGCAGACGUCAGCCUUCGCUGCAGACGUCAGUCUUCGCUGCAGACGUCAGUCUUCGCUGCAGACGUCAGUCUUCACUUCAGACGUCAGUCUUCGCUGCAGACGUCAGCCUUCACUGAAGACGUCAGUCGUCAGUCUUCGCUGCAGACGUCAGUCGUCAGUCUUCGCUGCAGACGUCAGUCUUCGCUGCAGACGUCAGUCUUCGCUGCAGACGUCAGUCUUCGCUGCAGACGUCAGCCUUCGCUGCAGACGUCAGCCUUCGCUGCAGACGUCAGCCUUCGCUGCAGACGUCAGCCUUCGCUGCAGACGUCAGCCUUUGCUGCAGACGUCAGCCUUCGCUGCAGACGUCAUUCUUCACUUCAGACGUCAGUCUUCACUGCAGACGAAGGUCUUCGCUGCAGACGUCAGCCUUCGCUGCAGACGUUAGUCUUCACUGCAGACGUCAGUCUUCGCUGCAGACGUCAGCCUUCACUGCAGACGUCAGUCGUCAGUCUUCACUGCAGACGUCAGCCUUCGCUGCAGACGUCAGUCUUCGCUGCAGACGUCAGCCUUCUCUGCAGACGUCAGCCUUCACUGCAGACGUCAGUCGUCAGUCUUCACUGCAGACGUCAGUCUUCGCUGCAGACGUCAGUCGUCAGUCUUCGCUGCAGACGUCAGCCUUCACUGCAGACGUCAGCCUUCACUGCAGACGUCAGUCUUCGCUGCAGACGUCAGUCUUCGCUGCAGACGUCAGUCUUCACUUCAGACGUCAGUCUUCGCUGCAGACGUCAGUCUUCGCUGCAGACGUCAGUCUUCGCUGCAGACGUCAGCCUUCUCUGCAGACGUCAGCCUUCACUGAAGACGUCAGUCGUCAGUCUUCGCUGCAGACGUCAGCCUUCGCUGCAGACGUCAGUCUUCGCUGCAGACGUCAGCCUUCACUGCAGACGUCAGUCUUCGCUGCAGACGUCAGUCUUCGCUGCAGACGUCAGUCUUCACUUCAGACGUCAGUCUUCGCUGCAGACGUCAGCCUUCACUGAAGACGUCAGUCGUCAGUCUUCGCUGCAGACGUCAGUCGUCAGUCUUCGCUGCAGACGUCAGUCUUCGCUGCAGACGUCAGUCUUCGCUGCAGACGUCAGCCUUCGCUGCAGACGUCAGUCUUCGCUGCAGACGUCAGCCUUCACUGCAGACGUCAGUCGUCAGUCUUCACUGCAGACGUCAGCCUUCGCUGCAGACGUCAGCCUUCGCUGCAGACGUCAGCCUUCACUGCAGACGUCAGCCUUCACUGCAGACGUCAGUCGUCAGUCUUCACUGCAGACGUCAGUCUUCGCUGCAGACGUCAGCCUUCGCUGCAGACGUCAGUCGUCAGUCUUCACUGCAGACGUCAGUCUUCGCUGCAGACGUCAGCCUUCGCUGCAGACGUCCGUCUUCGCUGCAGACGUCAGUCUUCGCUGCAGACGUCAGUCUUCGCUGCAGACGUCAGCCUUCGCUGCAGACGUCAGCCUUCGCUGCAGACGUCAGCCUUCGCUGCAGACGUCAGCCUUCGCUGCAGACGUCAGUCUUCGCUGCAGACGUCAGUCUUCGCUGCAGACGUCAGUCGUCAGUCUUCACUGCAGAUGCCAGUCUUCGCUGCAGACGUCAGCCUUCGCUGCAGACGUCAGCCUUCGCUGCAGACGUCAGCCUUCGCUGCAGACGUCAGCCUUCGCUGCAGACCUCAGCCUUCUCUGCAGACGUCAGUCUUCGCUGCAGACGUCAGUCUUCGCUGCAGACGUCAGCCUUCGCUGCAGACGUCAGCCUUCGCUGCAGACGUCAGCCUUCGCUGCAGACGUCAGCCUUCGCUGCAGACGUCAGCCUUCGCUGCAGACGUCAGUCUUCGCUGCAGACGUCAGUCUUCGCUGCAGACGUCAGUCUUCGCUCCAGACGUCAGCCUUCUCUGCAGACGUCAGCCUUCACUGCAGACGUCAGUCGUCAGUCUUCACUGCAGACGUCAGUCGUCAGUCUUCGCUGCAGACGUCAGUCUUCGCUGCAGACGUCAGCCUUCGCUGCAGACGUCAGCCUUCGCUGCAGACGUCAGCCUUCGCUGCAGACGUCAGCCUUCGCUGCAGACGUCAGCCUUCGCUGCAGAUGUCAGCCUUCGCUGCAGACGUCAGCCUUCGCUGCAGACGUCAGCCUUCGCUGCAGACGUCAGCCUUCACUGCAGACGUCAGUCGUCAGUCUUCACUGCAGACGCCAGUCUUCGCUGCAGACGUCAGCCUUCGCUGCAGACGUCAGCCUUCGCUGCAGACGUCAGCCUUCGCUGCAGACGUCAGCCUUCGCUGCAGACGUCAGCCUUCGCUGCAGACGUCAGUCUUCGCUGCAGACACGUCAGUCUUCACUGCAGACGUCAGUCUUCACUUCAGUCGUCAGUCUUCGCUGCAGACGUCAGUCUUCGCUGCAGACGUCAGUCUUCGCUGCAGACGUCAGCCUUCGCUGCAGACGUCAGUCUUCGCUGCAGACGUCAGCCUUCACUGCAGACGUCAGUCUUCGCUGCAGACGUCAGUCUUCGCUGCAGACGUCAGUCUUCACUUCAGACGUCAGUCUUCGCUGCAGACGUCAGCCUUCACUGAAGACGUCAGUCGUCAGUCUUCGCUGCAGACGUCAGUCGUCAGUCUUCGCUGCAGACGUCAGUCUUCGCUGCAGACGUCAGUCUUCGCUGCAGACGUCAGUCUUCGCUGCAGACGUCAGCCUUCGCUGCAGACGUCAGUCUUCGCUGCAGACGUCAGCCUUCACUGCAGACGUCAGUCGUCAGUCUUCACUGCAGACGUCAGCCUUCGCUGCAGACGUCAGCCUUCGCUGCAGACGUCAGCCUUCACUGCAGACGUCAGCCUUCACUGCAGACGUCAGUCGUCAGUCUUUGCUGCAGACGUCAGCCUUCGCUGCAGACGUCAGCCUUCGCUGCAGACGUCCGUCUUCGCUGCAGACGUCAGUCUUCGCUGCAGACGUCAGUCUUCGCUGCAGACGUCAGCCUUCGCUGCAGACGUCAGCCUUCGCUGCAGACGUCAGCCUUCGCUGCAGACGUCAGUCUUCGCUGCAGACGUCAGUCUUCGCUGCAGACGUCAGUCUUCGCUGCAGACGUCAGUCUUCGCUGCAGACGUCAGUCGUCAGUCUUCACUGCAGACGUCAGCCUUCGCUGCAGACGUCAGUCUUCGCUGCAGACGUCAGCCUUCUCUGCAGACGUCAGCCUUCACUGCAGACGUCAGUCGUCAGUCUUCACUGCAGACGUCAGUCUUCGCUGCAGACGUCAGUCGUCAGUCUUCGCUGCAGACGUCAGCCUUCACUGCAGACGUCAGCCUUCACUGCAGACGUCAGUCUUCGCUGCAGACGUCAGUCUUCGCUGCAGACGUCAGUCUUCACUUCAGACGUCAGUCUUCGCUGCAGACGUCAGUCUUCGCUGCAGACGUCAGUCUUCGCUGCAGACGUCAGCCUUCUCUGCAGACGUCAGCCUUCACUGAAGACGUCAGUCGUCAGUCUUCGCUGCAGACGUCAGCCUUCGCUGCAGACGUCAGUCUUCGCUGCAGACGUCAGCCUUCACUGCAGACGUCAGUCUUCGCUGCAGACGUCAGUCUUCGCUGCAGACACGUCAGUCGUCAGUCUUCGCUGCAGACGUCAGUCUUCGCUGCAGACGUCAGUCUUCGCUGCAGACGUCAGCCUUCGCUGCAGACGUCAGUCUUCGCUGCAGACGUCAGCCUUCACUGCAGACGUCAGUCGUCAGUCUUCACUGCAGACGUCAGCCUUCGCUGCAGACGUCAGCCUUCGCUGCAGACGUCAGCCUUCACUGCAGACGUCAGCCUUCACUGCAGACGUCAGUCGUCAGUCUUCACUGCAGACGUCAGUCUUCGCUGCAGACGUCAGCCUUCGCUGCAGACGUCAGUCGUCAGUCUUCACUGCAGACGUCAGUCUUCGCUGCAGACGUCAGCCUUCGCUGCAGACGUCCGUCUUCGCUGCAGACGUCAGUCUUCGCUGCAGACGUCAGUCUUCGCUGCAGACGUCAGCCUUCGCUGCAGACGUCAGCCUUCGCUGCAGACGUCAGCCUUCGCUGCAGACGUCAGCCUUCGCUGCAGACGUCAGUCUUCGCUGCAGACGUCAGUCUUCGCUGCAGACGUCAGUCGUCAGUCUUCACUGCAGAUGCCAGUCUUCGCUGCAGACGUCGGCCUUCGCUGCAGACGUCAGCCUUCGCUGCAGACGUCAGCCUUCGCUGCAGACGUCAGCCUUCGCUGCAGACCUCAGCCUUCUCUGCAGACGUCAGUCUUCGCUGCAGACGUCAGUCUUCGCUGCAGACGUCAGCCUUCGCUGCAGACGUCAGCCUUCGCUGCAGACGUCAGCCUUCGCUGCAGACGUCAGUCAGUCAGCCUUCGCUGCAGACGUCAGCCUUCGCUGCAGACGUCAGCUUCGCUGCAGACGUCAGUCUUCGCUGCAGACGUCAGUCUUCGCUGCAGACGUCAGUCUUCGCUCAGACGUCAGCCUUCUCUGCAGACGUCAGCCUUCACUGCAGACGUCAGUCGUCAGUCUUCACUGCAGACGUCAGUCGUCAGUCUUCGCUGCAGACGUCAGUCUUCGCUGCAGACGUCAGCCUUCGCUGCAGACGUCAGCCUUCGCUGCAGACGUCAGCCUUCGCUGCAGACGUCAGCCUUCGCUGCAGACGUCAGCCUUCGCUGCAGAUGUCAGCCUUCGCUGCAGACGUCAGCCUUCGCUGCAGACGUCAGCCUUCGCUGCAGACGUCAGCCUUCACUGCAGACGUCAGUCGUCAGUCUUCACUGCAGACGCCAGUCUUCGCUGCAGACGUCAGCCUUCGCUGCAGACGUCAGCCUUCGCUGCAGACGUCAGCCUUCGCUGCAGACGUCAGCCUUCGCUGCAGACGUCAGUCUUCGCUGCAGACGUCAGCCUUCGCUGCAGACGUCAGCCUUCUCUGCAGACGUCAGUCUUCGCUGCAGACGUCAUUCUUCACUUCAGACGUCAGUCUUCACUGCAGACGUCAGUCUUCACUUCGUCGUCAGUCUUCGCUGCAGACGUCAGUCUUCGCUGCAGACGUCAGUCUUCGCUGCAGACGUCAGCCUUCGCUGCAGACGUCAGUCUUCGCUGCAGACGUCAGCCUUCACUGCAGACGUCAGUCUUCGCUGCAGACGUCAGUCUUCGCUGCAGACGUCAGUCUUCACUUCAGACGUCAGUCUUCGCUGCAGACGUCAGCCUUCACUGAAGACGUCAGUCGUCAGUCUUCGCUGCAGACGUCAGUCGUCAGUCUUCGCUGCAGACGUCAGUCUUCGCUGCAGACGUCAGUCUUCGCUGCAGACGUCAGUCUUCGCUGCAGACGUCAGCCUUCGCUGCAGACGUCAGUCUUCGCUGCAGACGUCAGCCUUCACUGCAGACGUCAGUCGUCAGUCUUCACUGCAGACGUCAGCCUUCGCUGCAGACGUCAGCCUUCGCUGCAGACGUCAGCCUUCACUGCAGACGUCAGCCUUCACUGCAGACGUCAGUCGUCAGUCUUUGCUGCAGACGUCAGCCUUCGCUGCAGACGUCAGCCUUCGCUGCAGACGUCCGUCUUCGCUGCAGACGUCAGUCUUCGCUGCAGACGUCAGUCUUCGCUGCAGACGUCAGCCUUCGCUGCAGACGUCAGCCUUCGCUGCAGACGUCAGCCUUCGCUGCAGACGUCAGUCUUCGCUGCAGACGUCAGUCUUCGCUGCAGACGUCAGUCUUCGCUGCAGACGUCAGUCGUCAGUCUUCACUGCAGACGCCAGUCUUCGCUGCAGACGUCAGCCUUCGCUGCAGACGUCAGCCUUCGCUGCAGACGUCAGCCUUCGCUGCAGACGUCAGCCUUCGCUGCAGACGUCAGCCUUCGCUGCAGACGUCAGUCUUCGCUGCAGACGUCAGCCUUCGCUGCAGACGUCAGCCUUCUCUGCAGACGUCAGUCUUCGCUGCAGACGUCAGUCUUCGCUGCAGACGUCAGCCUUCGCUGCAGACGUCAGCCUUUGCUGCAGACGUCAGCCUUCGCUGCAGACGUCAGUCUUCGCUGCAGACGUCAGUCUUCGCUGCAGACGUCAGUCUUCGCUGCAGACGUCAGCCUUCUCUGCAGACGUCAGCCUUCACUGCAGACGUCAGUCGUCAGUCUUCAAUGCAGACGUCAGUCGUCAGUCUUCGCUGCAGACGUCAGUCUUCACUGCAGACGUCAGUCUUCGCUGCAGACAUCAGCCUUCGCUGCAGACGUCAGCCUUCGCUGCAGACGUCAGCCUUCGCUGCAGACGUCAGCCUUUGCUGCAGACGUCAGCCUUCGCUGCAGACGUCAGUCUUCGCUGCAGACGUCAGCCUUCACUGCAGACGUCAGUCGUCAGUCUUCACUGCAGACGCCAGUCUUCGCUGCAGACGUCAGCCUUCGCUGCAGACGUCAGCCUUCGCUGCAGACGUCAGCCUUCGCUGCAGACGUCAGCCUUCGCUGCAGACGUCAGUCUUCGCUGCAGACGUCAGCCUUCGCUGCAGACGCCAGUCUUCGCUGCAGACGUCAGCCUUCGCUGCAGACGUCAGCCUUCGCUGCAGACGUCAGCCUUCGCUGCAGACGUCAGUCUUCGCUGCAGACGUCAGUCUUCGCUGCAGACGUCAGUCUUCGCUGCAGACGUCAGCCUUCUCUGCAGACGUCAGCCUUCACUGCAGACGUCAGUCGUCAGUCUUCGCUGCAGACGUCAGUCUUCACUGCAGACGUCAGUCUUCGCUGCAGACAUCAGCCUUCGCUGCAGACGUCAGCCUUCGCUGCAGACGUCAGCCUUCGCUGCAGACGUCAGCCUUCGCUGCAGACGUCAGCCUUCGCUGCAGACGUCAGUCUUCGCUGCAGACGUCAGCCUUCACUGCAGACGUCAGUCGUCAGUCUUCACUGCAGACGCCAGUCUUCGCUGCAGACGUCAGCCUUCGCUGCAGACGUCAGCCUUCGCUGCAGACGUCAGCCUUCGCUGCAGACGUCAGCCUUCGCUGCAGACGUCAGCCUUCGCUGCAGACGUCAGCCUUCGCUGCAGACGUCAGUCUUCGCUGCAGACGUCAGCCUUCGCUGCAGACGUCAGCCUUCUCUGCAGACGUCAGCCUUCGCUGCAGACGUCAGUCUUCGCUGCAGACGUCAGCCUUCGCUGCAGACGUCAGCCUUCGCUGCAGACGUCAGCCUUCGCUGCAGACGUCAGUCUUCACUUCAGACGUCAGUCUUCACUGCAGACGUCAGUCUUCACUUCAGACGUCAGUCUUCGCUGCAGACGUCAGUCUUCGCUGCAGACGUCAGUCUUCGCUGCAGACGUCAGCCUUCACUACAGACGUCAGUCGUCAGUCUUCACUGCAGACGUCAGUCUUCGCUGCAGACGUCAGUCUUCACUUCAGACGUCAGCCUUCGCUGCAGACGUCAUUCUUCACUUCAGACGUCAGUCUUCACUGCAGACGUCAGUCUUCACUUCAGACGUCAGUCUUCGCUGCAGACGUCAGCCUUCGCUGCAGACGUCAGUCUUCACUGCAGACGUCAGCCUUCGCUGCAGACGUCAGCCUUCGCUGCAGACGUCAGCCUUCGCUGCAGACGUCAGCCUUCGCUGCAGACGUCAGCCUUCGCUGCAGACGUCAGCCUUCGCUGCAGACGUCAUUCUUCACUUGAGACGUCAGUCUUCACUGCAGACGUCAGUCUUCGCUUCAGACGUCAGUCUUCGCUGCAGACGUCAGCCUUCGCUGCAGACGUCAGUCUUCGCUGCAGACGUCAGUCUUCGCUGCAGACGUCAGCCUUCGCUGCAGACGUCAGCCUUCUCUGCAGACGUCAGCCUUCACUGCAGACGUCAGUCGUCAGUCUUCACUGCAGACGUCAGUCUUCGCUGCAGACGUCAGUCUUCGCUGCAGACGUCAGUCUUCGCUGCAGACGUCAGUCUUCGCUGCAGACGUCAGCCUUCGCUGCAGACGUCAGCCUUCACUGCAGACGUCAGUCGUCAGUCUUCACUGCAGACGCCAGUCUUCGCUGCAGACGUCAGCCUUCGCUGCAGACGUCAGCCUUCGCUGCAGACGUCAGCCUUCGCUGCAGACGUCAGCCUUCGCUGCAGACGUCAGCCUUCGCUGCAGACGUCAGUCUUCGCUGCAGACGUCAGCCUUCGCUGCAGACGUCAGCCUUCUCUGCAGACGUCAGUCUUCGCUGCAGACGUCAGUCUUCGCUGCAGACGUCAGCCUUUGCUGCAGACGUCAGCCUUCGCUGCAGACGUCAGCCUUCGCUGCAGACGUCAGCCUUCGCUGCAGACGUCAGCCUUCGCUGCAGACGUCAGCCUUCGCUGCAGACGUCAGUCUUCGCUUCAGACGUCAGUCUUCACUGCAGACGUCAGUCUUCGCUUCAGACGUCAGUCUUCGCUGCAGACGUCAGUCUUCGCUGCAGACGUCAGUCUUCGCUGCAGACGUCAGCCUUCACUACAGACGUCAGUCGUCAGUCUUCACUGCAGACGUCAGUCUUCGCUGCAGACGUCAGUCUUCACUUCAGACGUCAGCCUUCGCUGCAGACGUCAUUCUUCACUUCAGACGUCAGUCUUCACUGCAGACGUCAGUCUUCACUUCAGACGUCAGUCUUCGCUGCAGACGUCAGCCUUCGCUGCAGACGUCAGCCUUCGCUGCAGACGUCAGCCUUCGCUGCAGACGUCAGCCUUCGCUGCAGACGUCAUUCUUCACUUGAGACGUCAGUCUUCACUGCAGACGUCAGUCUUCACUUCUGACGUCAGUCUUCGCUGCAGACGUCAGCCUUCGCUGCAGACGUCAGUCUUCACUGCAGACGUCAGUCUUCGCUGCAGACGUCAGUCUUCGCUGCAGACGUCAGCCUUCUCUGCAGACGUCAGCCUUCACUGCAGACGUCAGUCGUCAGUCUUCACUGCAGACGUCAGUCUUCGCUGCAGACGUCAGUCUUCGCUGCAGACGUCAGUCUUCGCUGCAGACGUCAGUCUUCGCUGCAGACGUCAGUCUUCGCUGCAGACGUCAGCCUUCGCUGCAGACGUCAGCCUUCUCUGCAGACGUCAGUCUUCACUGCAGACGUCAGUCUUCACUUCAGACGUCAGUCUUCGCUGCAGACGUCAGUCUUCGCUGCAGAUGUCAGUCUUCGCUGCAGACGUCAGCCUUCUCUGCAGACGUCAGCCUUCACUGCAGACGUCAGUCGUCAGUCUUCACUGCAGACGUCAGUCGUCAGUCUUCGCUGCAGACGUCAGUCUUCACUGCAGACGUCAGUCUUCGCUGCAGACGUCAGUCUUCGCUGCAGACGUCAACCUUCGCUGCAGACGUCAGCCUUCGCUGCAGACGUCAGCCUUCGCUGCAGACGUCAGCCUUCGCUGCAGACGUCAGCCUUCGCUGCAGACGUCAGUCUUCGCUGCAGACGUCAGUUUUCGCUGCAGACGUCAGUCUUCGCUGCAGACGUCAGCCUUCUCUGCAGACGUCAGCCUUCACUGCAGACGUCAGUCGUCAGUCUUCACUGCAGACGUCAGUCGUCAGUCUUCGCUGCAGACGUCAGUCUUCACUGCAGACGUCAGUCUUCGCUGCAGACGUCAGCCUUCGCUGCAGACGUCAGCCUUCGCUGCAGACGUCAGCCUUCGCUGCAGACGUCAGCCUUCGCUGCAGACGUCAGCCUUCGCUGCAGACGUCAGCCUUCGCUGCAGACGUCAGCCUUCGCUGCAGACGUCAGCCUUCGCUGCAGACGUCAGCCUUCGCUGCAGACGUCAUUCUUCGCUUCAGACGUCAGUCUUCACUGCAGACGUCAGUCUUCACUUCAGACGUCAGUCUUCGCUGCAGACGUCAGUCUUCGCUGCAGACGUCAGCCUUCUCUGCAGACGUCAGCCUUCACUGCAGACGUCAUUCGUCAGUCUUCACUGCAGACGUCAGUCGUCAGUCUUCGCUGCAGACGUCAGUCUUCGCUGCAGACAUCAGUCUUCGCUGCAGACGUCAGUCUUCGCUGCAGACGUCAGUCUUCGCUGCAGACGUCAGCCUUCUCUGCAGACGUCAGCCUUCACUGCAGACGUCAGUCGUCAGUCUUCACUGCAGACGUCAGUCGUCAGUCUUUGCUGCAGACGUCAGUCUUCACUGCAGACGUCAGCCUUCGCUGCAGACGUCAGUCUUCACUGCAGACGUCAGUCUUCGCUGCAGACGUCAGUCUUCGCUGCAGACGUCAGCCUUCGCUGCAGACGUCAGCCUUCGCUGCAGACGUCAGCCUUCGCUGCAGACGUCAGCCUUCGCUGCAGACGUCAGCCUUCGCUGCAGACGUCAGCCUUCGCUGCAGACGUCAGCCUUCGCUGCAGACGUCAGCCUUCGCUGCAGACGUCAGUCUUCGCUGCAGACGUCAGUCUUCGCUGCAGACGUCAGCCUUCGCUGCAGACGUCAGCCUUCGCUGUAGACGUCAGCCUUCGCUGCAGACACGUCAGUCUUCACUUCAGACGUCAGUCUUCGCUGCAGACGUCAGUCUUCACUGCAGACGUCAGUCUUCGCUGCAGACGUCAGCCUUCUCUGCAGACGUCAGCCUUCACUGCAGACGUCAGUCGUCAGUCUUCACUGCAGACGUCAGUCUUCGCUGCAGACACGUCAGCCUUCGCUGCAGACGUCAACCUUCGCUGCAGACGUCAGUCUUCGCUGCAGACGUCAGCCUUCUCUGCAGACGUCAGCCUUCACUGCAGACGUCAGUCGUCAGUCUUCACUGCAGACGUCAGUCUUCGCUGCAGACGUCAGUCUUCACUGCAGCCGUCAGUCUUCGCUGCAGACGUUAGUCUUCGCUGCAGACGUCAGCCUUCGCUGCAGACGUCAACCUUCGCUGCAGACGUCAGUCUUCGCUGCAGACGUCAGCCUUCGCUGCAGACGUCAGCCUUCGCUGCAGACGUCAUUCUUCACUUCAGACGUCAGUCUUCACUGCAGACGUCAGUCUUCACUUCAGACGUCAGUCUUCGCUGCAGACGUCAGUCUUCGCUGCAGACGUCAGUCUUCGCUGCAGACGUCAGUCUUCGCUGCAGACGUCAGUCUUCGCUGCAGACGUCAGCCUUCUCUGCAGACGUCAGCCUUCACUGCAGACGUCAGUCGUCAGUCUUCACUGCAGACGUCAGUCGUCAGUCUUCGCUGCAGACGUCAGUCUUCGCUGCAGACGUCAGUCUUCGCUGCAGACGUCAGUCUUCGCUGUAG